UACGGCAUCUGGAACAACGAACUGCGAGAGCCCUAACUUCAUAUGGAAAAAGACAGCCGAAUCGGAUCAGACUUUUACAGGAAAAAAGAGAUGCUUUAAUUAACAGUUGUCUGGAGUUCCGAUGCUGAUCGUCGAUGGGAGAUACAAGGAACAGGAUAAUAUAUAAACUGAAGAGGAGUUACUCCACAAAGUAAUUAGCUAGCUAGCUGUCUUGUUGUGCGUUAGAUUAGGUGUCCUGCCAAUCUCUCGGAGUCAGCUAGCUAGCUAGUUACUGCGCUCGAUCUGUUAAUCAGCUCUUGCUCCGAAUUAUGGCGCUAAGGGCGAGGGCUUUGUAUGACUUUAAUUCCGAAAAUCCUGGGGAAAUUUCAGUGAAGGAAAACGAGAUCCUCACCUUGUACUGCGAACAAGAUAUAGAGGGAUGGUUGGAGGGAGCGAACAGCAGAGGGGAGAGAGGGCUCUUCCCUGCCUCCUACGUGGAGAUCCUCAAAAACGACACGGUCUCCUCGUAUAACAACAACAGCACUUCUGGGGACGCGUACCAAAGUUCAAGGUAUGCCAACAUCCCCGCCGGUGGCUACGACACCUCUUACAAACCGCAGAAUCAGGAUAAUUUAACGAAUGCCCCUGCUUCCAGUUUUACAUUUCCCGUUACAGCUCAGCAGCAGCACAGUUAUCAGACUAGCCAAGGGAGCGAUGAUGACUGGGACGACGACUGGGAUGACAGUUCCACUGUUGCAGACGAGCCCGGUGUUAUUGGAGGAAGUUAUCAGGAUCAUGAUUAUGGCAAUGGACCUUCCACGUACAGAGUCUCCACUUCUUUGCCUCGAGGCGGGAGCGCACAACAGGCGAAAAGUUCGGCAACUGUCGGCAGAAACCUCAACAGGUUUUCAACCUUUGUAAAAUCCGGAGGGGAGGCUUUUGUGCUGGGAGAAGCGUCCGGUUUUGUUAAGGACGGGGACAAGAUCUGCGUCGUGAUGGGCCAGUAUGGCCCCGAGUGGCAGGAGAACCCGUACCCGUUCACGUGCACCAUUGACGACCCCACCAAGCAGACUAAAUUCAAAGGCAUGAAAAGUUACAUGUCUUACAAACUGACGCCUACCCACACGCAGAGCCAGGUGAACAGAAGGUACAAACAUUUUGACUGGCUGUACGCCAGGUUAGUGGAGAAAUUUCCAGUGAUCUCGGUUCCCCACCUACCUGAGAAACAGGCGACCGGCAGGUUUGAGGAGGACUUCAUCUCCAAGCGAAGGAAAGGCCUCAUAUGGUGGAUGAAUCAUAUGACCAGCCAUCCGGUCUUAGCCCGGUGUGAUGUCUUUCAGCACUUCCUCACCUGCAGCAGCACUGACGAAAAAGCCUGGAAACAGGGCAAAAGAAAGGCAGAGAAGGAUGAGAUGGUAGGGGCUAACUUCUUCCUCACCAUCGGCACCCCGGCUGCGCCGCUCGACCUGCAGGACGUGGAGAGCAAAAUUGAUGCAUUCAAAGCUUUCACCAAAAAGAUGGACGACAGCGUGCUGCAAGUCAACGCCACCAUCAGCGAGUUUGCCAGGAAACAGAUAACGGGAUUUAAGAAAGAGUACCAGAAAGUUGGACAUUCUUUUAAAGUUCUUAGCCAAGCUUUCGAACUUGACCAACAGGUUUACUCUUCCGGUUUAAACUACGCCAUCGUAUACACAGGAGAAGCCUAUGAUACAAUUGGAGACUAUUUUGCUGAGCAGCCCCGGCACGAUCUUGACCCUGUAAUGGAUCUGUUGGCUCUCUAUCAAGGGCAUCUGGCUAACUAUCCAGAUAUCAUCCAUGUUCAGAAAGGGGCGCUGACCAAAGUAAAGGAGAGCCAGAGGCACGUGGAGGAGGGCAAGAUGGAGGCGGCGCAGGCCGAGGGCAUUGGUGAGCGCUGCAACAUCAUCUCCUGUGCCACGCUGGCCGAGAUCCAGCACUUCCACCAGAUCCGUGUGCGCGACUUCAAGGCCCAGAUGCAGCACUACCUGCAGCAGCAGAUCUGCUUCUUCCGCAAGGUCACCGGCAAGCUGGAGGAGGCCCUGCAGAAGUACGACAACGCCUAGGGGAGGCCCCACCCCCGUCCCCGCCCCUCCUGCCCCGCCCCGACGCUACAGCGCCAUCUGCAGAGCAACGUGUGCUCAGCAAGCACCACUCAAGCAAUACGAUCAAGACACAGAGAGAGACAGAGCCCCUCCUACACACCAAGUUCCAGUGAAUGCUGAUGAGUUGCUUGGAUUCCCGCUUGAUGGCCCUUGCCCUGAAGGGCAGGGCAGUUGAUUUAAAAAAAAAAAGUUCAUGGAUUGUGUUUUAACCCUUUUUAAAAUCACUUGAGUCAUCCAAUGGAUUUUAUGUUUUUAAGGGUAACUGUGCAACAGCAAGGCCUUCCAAGGCCUGCAGCCCUGCAGUGGUUGGGUGGUCACAGUAGAUGGGUGGGUGCUGAUGAUGUUCCAUAUUUGUGUAAUAGAGACAAAUAGGUAGUCUGUAUCAUGAAAGCAGGUUAUAGUAUUGCUUAGUCUACCAGUAUAAUUUAAGAUUAUUAGCCUAACCACACUGCUAUUACAGAAACUGUUAUGAGAUUAUGUAUGUCUUGAGGAUUCAAAAGGAAGCUCAGAUUAAUAGAAGGCCACUAAUAUACUGUUAGCACUAUCUGGCCUAUCACCUCUGCCUUGGAAACUCCCUGCUGGUGUGUAGAGCCCUCUGAAUCUUUCCAAAUCUAAAACAAAAUGUUUACAGUUUCCCAGCAGAGCAGCUAACAUCACUGUGCCUUUGAAUGAUUUCUCCUCAGCAUCUUUUAUAACUUUGAAAAGAUAUAGAUAUAUAUUUGCAGAUUUGACAGACCCUGUUGUACUUCUCCUUCCUCUGGUGCUGUGUGAAAGCUGGGUGAGGAGGACUUGCUGCAGUACGAGCGGCCCAGUGGAAGUGGCCCCCUGCCUGUGGGCUUUGUCUGCCUCGCUGUAGCUCGGACGCCAUCCCCGCUGACUGUGAGGCAACUCCAUGAAAAUUUUUAUUUUCGGAAUGUCGGCAGUGAAAGGAUUAUAUUUUGAUCCAUAAAUGAGUCAGAAUCUUGGGUCCAAGAGAGUCUUGGGCAGGAGCCUGACAGUGGAGCGGAGUAUGAAAACCGAGGUGAGGUUUUUACUGUGUGCCACCAGCAGCCCCCCCACUGGACAGCCUCUGGGAGCCUGUGUUGCAGGAAGGCGUCUGCCUCAUGCAGCCUGAUGUCCCCUGGCUGGUGUGGCCUUUCCACAGGUUUUAACACAAGAUGAGCUAGGUGCUCCUGCACCCUGUGUUCUCUGGAGCAGUCAGUACAGAGCUGGACAUUUCAGCUGGCUGCUGUAAUUUUAUUAUAAUGCCCUGUGUUAGAGAAAUGACACCUGGUUUAGUGUAGAAACUGAAAUAACAGAAAAAAAUAAA